AUGUUCAAAGCUACCUUCCUCGCUCUGGCCCUCGCUGCCGGUUCCGCCUCGGCAAUGACCUUGAGCUUCGUUAACCACUGCUCUUACACCGUUUGGCCUGCUGUUGGACAUGCUCCGAAUGGCCAAGUCAUGACAGAUAUUGCCUGGGGAGCCAGGCUCAACCCUGGAGCUUCGGCUAGCUUCGGCGUAGCAGACACAGCCAUUGGUGUCCGCUCUUGGGGACGUACGGGCUGCGAUGCUAACGGCGCGAACUGUGCGACUGGUCGCUGCAACGGAGGACUGACCUGCACCGACGCGGGUAUUACUGCGGCUGUACUCUACGGCGAGUACGGCUGGGGCGACUUUGGCUCGUGCUGUGGCGGUGUGAGGACUGCGUGGGAUCUUAGUCUCGUUGGUGGCUCGCUCAACAUCCCCACGCGCCUCACCGCGUCCGACGGGCAGAGUGUCCAGUGCUUGGGCGCGCCCUGCGACUCCAACCAGGUGUACACUUACACCGGAGACAAUGCGGCGGACCGUAACUCCAACCUUGGUCUGACCUACACGACCACAUUCUGCCCUUGA